AAUUAAUUGAUGUGAUACUGUUAUCAAUUAAACCAAACGUCGCGACUAACAAUUUGGUUGUGAUUGUUUCAAUUAAUUAAUAAAAUUGGCUUGAAUUAUGUAGUGAGUCCAGGGAGUUUAUUUUUUGUGGCCGCAUGGUUGGUAACUCCCGGCAACAACAACCUAACCUGUGACUCGUUUGUUAACGUUUUGCAACGUUUUUUCACAAAAAUCGUGCAAAAAGUGGCAAAUUUGUCCCAAAAACCACUCGAAUCAUCGUUUUUUGUGCUCCGGUCGUGUGGAUUUUACCGUUUUUGCUGUUUUUUGGGGUUAUGUCGAGUCGUGUUUAGGGCCCCAAAAGCCAGAACAUGGACGCGGAUUUGUACGACGAGUUCGGUAAUUACAUCGGGCCUGAGCUGGACAGCGAUGACGACGAGGACGAGGAGCCCGAGCCCCAGGAAGACGAGGAGCAGCAAGACUACGAUGACGAGCAAAUGGACGAGAGUGAGCCCCAACCCAUGGCCAUUGUCUUGCACGAGGACAAGCAAUACUACCCGUCUGCUUUACAAGUCUAUGGGCCUGAUGUGGAGACUAUUGUGCAAGAGGAGGACGCGCAGCCCCUUGACGUGCCUUUGAUCGAACCGGUGAAGAAAAAGAAGUUUCAGUUGAAGGAGCAGGAUUUGCCCGAUACGACGUACAAUAUGGAGUUUUUGGCCGAUAUGAUGGACAAUACGUCGCUGAUACGUAACGUGGCCUUGAUUGGGCACUUACAUCAUGGUAAAACCACGUUUGUUGAUUGUUUGAUUCGGCAAACGCAUCCAGGGUAUCAGGACUAUGAAGAGAAAAAUUUGAGAUAUACCGACACUUUGUUCACGGAGCAGGAAAGGGGCUGCUCGAUCAAGUCGAUCCCAAUUACGCUACUUUUGCAGGACGUUAAGAACAAGAGUUACCUAAUGAACAUUUUUGACACUCCUGGUCAUGUGAAUUUUUCCGACGAAGUGACCGCAGCGAUGCGACUUUGCGACGGCGUUGUGUUAUUCAUAGACGCCGCCGAAGGCGUAAUGUUAAACACCGAACGUUUACUAAAACAUGCCGUUCAAGAACAAAUGCAAAUCACAAUUUGUAUCAACAAAAUUGAUCGCUUGAUCCUUGAAUUAAAGUUACCCCCACAGGACGCCUACUACAAGUUGAGACACAUCGUGGAAGAAAUAAACGGAUUAUUGACGCUUUACUCCGACGAUGCUAACCCCCAUAUUGUCUCCCCAGUGCUGGGAAACGUGUGCUUUGCCAGCUCGCAAUAUGGGGUUUGCUUCACUUUGAAAUCGUUCGCAAAUUUGUAUAACUUGUGCUACGGCGAAGUGAACGUCGAGGAGUUCUCGAAACGGCUCUGGGGCGACAUUUACUUCAAUAGCAAAACGCGCAAAUUUACGAAGAAGGCGCCUCACAAUUCGGCCCAGCGCAGCUUCGUCGAGUUCAUCCUGGAGCCCCUUUACAAAGUCUUCGCCCAAGUGGUGGGCGACGUGGACACCACCCUACUAGAUGUUUUAGACGAGCUAGGAAUCAAACUCACCAAAAACGAGAUGAAGCUCAAUAUUCGCCCCCUUUUGCGUCUCGUGUGCAACAAAUUCCUGGGGGAUUUUAACGGUUUUGUUAACAUGUGUGUCGAACAUAUCAACUCGCCGUUAGAUAACGCUAAAAGAAAAAUCGACCAUAUUUACACGGGGCCGAAUACGAGUAAAAUUUACGACGAUAUGGUCAAUUGUGACCAAGAUGGGUUGUUGAUGGUACAUAGUUCGAAGAUGUACCCAACUGAUGAAUGCACCUCGUUUCAAGUCUUGGGACGGGUUAUGAGUGGGACGCUUCAUGCGGGGACUGAUGUGAGGAUUUUGGGCGAGAAUUACACGCUGCAGGAUGAGGAGGAUUCGAGGGUUUUGACCAUCGGGAGGCUGUGGAUUUAUGAGUCCAGAUACAAAAUCGAGCUAAACCGCGUCCCUGCCGGCAAUUGGGUCCUAAUCGAGGGCAUCGACCAAUCAAUCGUUAAAACAGCCACAAUCACAGACCUCACAAUCUACGAGGACUUGUACAUUUUCCGCCCCCUUAAAUUCAACACCCAAAGCAUCAUUAAAAUCGCCGUGGAGCCCGUCAACCCUUCGGAACUCCCGAAAAUGCUCGACGGGCUCCGAAAGGUCAACAAAUCCUACCCCUUGCUGACCACAAGGGUGGAGGAGUCAGGCGAGCACGUGGUGCUCGGCACCGGGGAGUUGUACCUCGACUGCGUCAUGCACGACUUGAGGAAAAUGUACUCGGAAAUCGACAUUAAAGUCGCCGACCCCGUUGUCGCCUUUUGCGAAACGGUGGUCGAAACUUCCAGUUUAAAAUGCUUCGCUGAAACGCCAAACAAGAAAAACAAACUGACAAUGAUCGCAGAGCCUUUGGAAAAGGGCCUCGCCGAAGACAUCGAAAACGAAAACGUGCAAAUCGCUUGGAAUAAGAAAAAACUGGGCGAGUUUUUCCAAACUAAAUACGACUGGGAUUUGCUCGCAGCUCGCAGCAUUUGGGCGUUCGGCCCCGACAACACGGGCCCCAACAUCCUAGUCGACGACACGCUCCCGUCGGAAGUCGACAAGGGGCUGCUCAGCUCGGUCAAAGACUCGAUCGUGCAGGGCUUCCAGUGGGGCACCCGCGAGGGGCCGUUGUGUGAGGAACCAAUCCGCAACACUAAGUUCAAAAUCCUGGACGCGGUGAUCGCCAAUGAGCCCCUCCAUCGGGGCGGAGGCCAGAUCAUCCCGACGGCGCGCCGUGUCGUCUACUCGGCCUUCCUGAUGGCUACGCCCCGCCUCAUGGAGCCCUACUUGUUCGUGGAGGUGCAAGCCCCCGCCGAUUGCGUCUCAGCCGUGUACACGGUCCUGGCCAAACGGCGAGGGCACGUCACGCAAGACGCCCCCGUGCCGGGGUCCCCACUUUACACAAUCAAGGCGUUUAUACCGGCGAUUGAUAGUUUCGGGUUUGAGACCGACUUGAGGACGCAUACGCAAGGACAAGCGUUUUGUUUGUCGGUGUUCCACCAUUGGCAGAUCGUGCCGGGGGACCCCCUUGAUAAGAGCAUAGUGAUAAGGCCCUUGGAGCCCCAACCGGCCACGCAUCUGGCACGCGAGUUCAUGAUCAAGACAAGGAGGCGCAAGGGGCUCAGUCAGGAUGUCUCGAUUAAUAAGUUUUUCGACGAUCCGAUGUUGCUGGAGCUGGCGCGGCAAGACGUCAUGCUUAAUUAUCCACUUUUGUAAGAAUUUGGUGUAAUAAUAAUAAAAAAUGCGAAUUUUGA